CUCAAGACUACAGUUAAGAGAUGUUUCAUACGCAUGCCGCUGUGUUUGUGGUGGUCAUGCUGGCUGUGACCGGAUGGUGUGUGGCUAUCACAACGCCUGAGCCGGGAGGCACGCUGCUUCCGGCAGGGAUGGUGUUCGACUGGCCUUUCCCGUCGGGAACUCAGGUAGUGGUCUCGUCAGGCUACGGGCCGAACGCCGGCUCGGCGGGCCACAUCUACGUGGAUCGGGUUGGGUACACCAACCAGUACUACGGAUUGGAUCUGUAUGUGGGCAACGGGCAGACGCUCGGGACGCCUGUGCUGGCCAUGGCGCCCGGUACGAUCUUCAAGAUUGAUGACUGCCGCAACACGUACAACGGGUGCUGCCACGCGCUGCGGGUGGUCGUCGACCACGGGCAGGGUGUGCGGACGCUGUAUGCGCAUCUCGACUCGUUUGCCAACCUGCAGGUCGGCGACACAGUCUGCCGUGGGCAGGUCGUCGGAUAUGCCGGCAACACCGGCUGCUCGACCGGCCCGCACCUGCACAUCGCCACCACAACCGACGCCGAGGACUACCAGGGCCUGAUGGUCUCGGGCUCGUCGACGGUGCCAGAGCCGAUGUCGGGCGCCGAGAACAUUCAGCAGAACCAGCAGUUCAUGUCGACGACCGCCAUGGUGACCUCUUGCGGCGCCCCUGGUCCGACGCCCGCGCCGACCCCGACUCCGCCGCCAACGCCCUCGCCGACGCCUGCGCCGACUCCAACCCCGUCGCCGGGCACCCCGUGCUCUGGCACGGUCUUCCUCUCGGGCACCUCGGGCCGGAUCUCGAUCCCCGACCCCUACGACCCGGCUGGCACCUACAGUCACAACCUCGACUGCCGCUGGACGUGGACCCACCCGCUCUCGGCCCAGGUCUCGUUCAACGUCAUUCACUUUAACACCGAGCCCGACUUUGACUGGCUCUAUCUCACCGACACGGCGCCGUCUUCGUGGUCGUACACUGGAUCGCCGACCGCGCUGCCGACGAUCGGCGGCGACGGCACGUUCCGCUUUGUGAGUGAUGGCAACACCGCCGAGGCGGGUAUUGUUGUCGACUGGACCGUGUCGGGUACUACACCUGCGCCUACGCCUGCGCCCACGCCUGCGCCUACGCCUGCGCCCACGCCUGCGCCUACGCCUGCGCCUACGCCUGCGCCCACGCCUGCGCCUACGCCUGCGCCUACGCCUGCGCCUACGCCUGCGCCCACGCCUGCGCCUACGCCUGCGCCUACGCCUGCGCCUACGCCUGCGCCCACGCCUGCGCCUACGCCUGCGCCUACGCCUGCGCCUACGCCUGCGCCUACGCCUGCGCCUACGCCUGCGCCUACGCCUACGCCUGCGCCUACGCCUGCGCCUACGCCUGCGCCUACACCUGCGCCUACGCCUACACCUGCGCCUACGCCUGCGCCUACGCCUGCGCCUACGCCUGCGCCUACGCCUGCGCCUACACCUGCGCCUACGCCUACACCUGCGCCUACGCCUGCGCCUACGCCUUCGCCUACACCCGCGCCGACCCCAAACCCCACUCCAGGCCCUACACCCGCGCCGACCCCAAACCCCACUCCAGGCCCUACACCCGCGCCGACUCCUCCGUCGACUCUGACGUGCGAGUUUGGCUCGAUCCCCAACCCGUCGCUCACCGCGUGCGUGGCCAAGGCGAUCGACGAGAUCGACUGGACAGGCGCGCGCCUCCAGCUCAAUGUCAACGUCGCGCCCAACUCGCCGUAUUUCAUCUGGCUCUCAACCUCAUUGUCGGCCUCUCGUGCUGCGCUCCGCAGCCUGCUGCAGUCAGCAUCGUCGGAUCUGGCGCUCUCGGCCACGCCUGCAUCAUCGACCGCUACGCUCUCACUCUCGGUCGGCACCAGCCCGGCGGCGGUGACCCAGCAUUCGCAGACCGCUGAAGACGAUUACUACAUCACCAUUUCAUCCGACGAGCAGACCAGCGCUGUUUUUGCCGGCGCACCGGCCGCCAUCGACAACACCCAGCAGACCCAGCCGACAACGUCAUCGCCGUCGGCCUUCUCAGGCACCUCGGGCAUCGCCAUCAUUGCCGCUGUCGGUCUCGUUGUCAUUCUUGCUCUUGUCGCCACCAUUAUCUUCCUUGUCCGCCGCUCGGGCGACGACUCGCCCGAUCCGAGCACCUAUGCCGCUUUUGAGCUCGCCACCUACGACUCGACUCGCGGCGAGUCGCCGGCAGCAUCGUACGAUGCCUACGCCACGCCGCCACUGGCAACCAUCUCCAAGCCGCCGCCGCCGCUCCCGCCUGCGCCGGCUGCCAACAGUGUUGUUGCCAAGUAUGCAUUCGCGGCCUCCAACCGCGACGAGCUCUCCCUCGUCGAAGGCGAGUCGCUCACCAUCAUCGCCGAAUAUGACGACGGUUGGGCGCUUGUCGAGAACGCCUCGGGCUCGCGCGGUGUCAUCCCUCAGAACUACACCGCGCCGCUCGCGAUGCGCGAUCCGCCCCGUCGUCCCGGAUGGUAG